GACCCGAGUAGCAUCUUCCUUUCCUCCUCCUCCAGCAUCCCCACCUAAAUGGCCUCCCGUCCCUAUUUAUAGCCCCACCGCCAUCUCCGUCACCUUCCUCCAACCGGAAUCAUCCCCGUCCCGGACUCCCUCGCUCUCGUGGAGGAGGAGGAUAUCCCCACCCUUCCCCUUCCCAAAAAGAGGCAUAGGAGACCGUUCGUUUCUCCUCCUUUGAAAAAAGCAAAGUACAUAGACUUUGCUCGCUCAUGAGUAACUAGAACUCGGGUGUACAGAUCCAUCAUCCCAUCCCUCUUCUCCUACUUGCCCACCUUGCGACGACAACUGCCUUCCUCUUCUUUUCGUCCUGCCAAAACCCAAUCUUUUUCCCGUUGUCCGAGUCUUGGGAGUCCGGCAUUUCUUGAGUCGCUCGAACUCCCGACUUCGAUUGAUCGGCACCGGGAUCUCCUGGGUCGGGUUUUCUUGUCUCAGGCUUUUCUGUUUUUGGAUGAGGGUCAACGGCAGCUUGGCCGACCGGAAGGGAAGCGACCAAGUAGCGACGGGGAAAAGCACGUCUUCCUCCAACUCCAAGAAGAAUAAGAGGCGGCAGAAGAAGUCGGCGGCCAUGCCGACCGCCGUGCAGAGGGUGUUUGAGGCAUGCAAGGAGGUGUUUGCCGAUGGUGCGCCUGGCAUCGUCCCAUCGCCGGAUGAGGUGGAGCGCCUUCGAUCCGUUCUCGAUGCCGUAAUGCCAGCAGAUGUCGGUCUAAGUCCAAACCUGUCAUUUUUUCGAGAUGUCGGGACGGGUGGACCUCCUCCAGUGACAUAUUUGCACCUAUACGAGUGCCCCAAGUUCUCGAUUGGUAUCUUCUGCCUCCCGCAAGGAGCUGUAAUUCCACUGCAUGAUCACCCGGCAAUGACUGUUUUUAGCAAACUUCUCAUGGGCUCCAUGCACGUCAAGUCAUACGAUUGGGUUAAUGAUCCGCUUGGCUCCGACCAGAGAAUCAAAUCCUCAACCGGCGCGAGUUUGGCAAAGUUGCACACCGAUGCCAUCUCUGUUGCUCCCUGCGAGACGUCUGUUUUGUACCCUGCCGCUGCGGGUAACUUGCAUUGCUUUACUGCAGUGACUUCCUGCGCAGUGUUGGAUGUUCUCGGACCACCAUACGACGACGAAGAAGGGAGGGCUUGCACUUACUACCGGGGGAAUGCGUGCUCCAAUCUUCCGGGCGAUGGGCUAACGCGGUGUGGGGAGAGGGAGGAGUACUAUGCAUGGCUGGAAGAGAGGGGAAGCGAGCCUGAUGAGCUGGUGGUACGCGGUGCUGAGUACAAGGGCCCCAGAAUAGUCGACCACUGAAUUUGUACUGUGACUGUUGCAGCAAAGAUGAACAAACAAACAAGGUUAAAGAGAAAGAUGAUGCUCCUCGGAGAAGAGGAGAAAGGAAGGACCACAUAGUUGUGUUAUUCAUCACCCUCAGAGGAUCUCUUGAUUCCAUGAUCGAUAUAUACAUGGAGCAAUAAACACCCCCAUUUUGUCCUUUUGGAUGUUUAUUUUUCUGUAUUCGUUCGUAUGGGCAUAAGACUAGGUUGGAGAGUACAGUAAUAAAUCUGUUGAGGAGGCACGAGAAUGACAGUACCACUACCACGGGAGCCUUUGUGGGGUGUGUGUCCGCAUAAGCAAGGUGAGAUGCGACUUCCCACGGCUGCUUGCUUGUUGGAGCAGAGAGAGAGAGAG